AUGAAAUCAAGGCCUAGACUUACUUUCCCUGGAAUAGGGAAUAACGCACGGUUAACGGUGCCCUCCAGGGAUAGCGAGGUGGUUAGUAUAUUUCUCCCAUUCGAACUGAGUGAAUCCACAUUGCUGAUCAAUUGGAAUGGUUUCAGCUCCUGCAUUAAUAUUCGUCCAAUUCAGAGUGUGCCUCUUGUGCGUGAGCUAUGGAGAACUGCCAUAAGGGAAUCUGACACGAGGCCUCCCUCGACUGCAACACAGAGAAAACUCAAGCCAGAUUCAAAGGAUUUCAAUUCUCGCAUGGACUUCAACAAACAGACCAAUGUCUUUGAUUACGUUUCUUUCUACUGCGCACAUAUCGAGUCAAAAAAACAAGACCAGUCGUAUCGUUACUUUAAGAACAUAAAUCGCCUUGCCCAGAGCUUCCCGCAAGCUCACCGGGAGUGCCCGCAGAGCCUCGUGACAGUAUGGUGCUCCAAUGAUUAUUUGGGGAUGAGUCGAAACCCCGAGGUACUCAAUGCCAUGUGCGAAACCUUGUUCACGUAUGGCUCCGGAGCGGGGGGCACACGGAAUAUCUCCGGCCAUAACCAACACGUGGAGCGAAUUGAGACCACACUAGCCGAACUUCAUCGCAAAGAAGCAGCUCUGCUUUUCACAUCUUGCUACGUGGCAAAUGAUUCAACCCUCUCAACUCUCGGCUCCAGACUGCCUGGUUGUGUGAUAUUCUCGGACAGAAUGAAUCAUGCGUCGAUGAUACAGGGUAUUCAACACUCGAAAGCAAAAAAAGUGAUUUACAAUCACAAUGACGUCCAAGAUCUAGCAACAAAGCUUGCAACAGUCCCGAAGAAUGUUCCCAAGAUUAUUGCUUUUGAGUCUGUGUAUUCAAUGAGCGGCACAGUCAGCAACAUUGAAGAAAUUUGCAACCUCGCCGAGCAAUACGGUGCUAUCACCUUUCUUGAUGAGGCACAUGCUGUGGGAAUGUAUGGCCCCAGUGGUGCCGGUGUAACCGAGCACCUUGACUAUGAAGCUCACCUGGCUGGCAAUCACCGUGGAACUAUAAUGGACCGCGUCGAUAUCAUCACAGGGACCUUAGGAAAAGCCUAUGGGUGCAUUGGGGGCUAUAUCGCAGGAAAAUCUAUCUUGAUCGAUUUCAUUCGCUCUCUUGCUCCAGGCUUUAUCUUUACCACUACCCUUCCUCCCGCUAUCCUAGCGGGAGCCGAAAAAUCAAUCCAAUAUCAACGUCAGACCAACGAUGAUCGAAAACUGCAUCAGAUACAUGUUCGGGCUGUCAAAGAAGGUCUUUGUAAUAUCGACAUUCCAGUGCUCUCUAAUUCGUCCCACAUGGUACCUAUCCUUAUCGGCGACGCCGAAGGGGCAAGAAAAGCUUCAGAGACAUUACUGGCAAAAUGGAAGAUUUACGUGCAAGCGAUCAAUUACCCGUCAGUCCCAACGGGUCAAGAGAGACUGAGAGUCACGCCUACCCCCGGGCAUACGAAAAAAAUGCAGGACCAAUUUUGCACAGCAAUCAAUGAUGUCUGGAAUGAACUUGGGUUGAGGCGCACCAGUGACUGGCUUUUGUCAAGCGAUUUAGAGAAUCCAGAGACAGCAAAGAUGGUUGAAAGUUUGGAAACAGAGAUAAAACCUUUGUGGUCAGAUGAGCUACUGGGCCUCUGA